AUGGACGAUCCCCGCGACUGCAUUUUGGCUCGAGGGAGGGUGUGCGUUGGCACGAUUUGGGAGAAGGGGGGUGAGAUUAAGACUGCCAAUGAGGGUGAGGGGUCGCAUCGCCGCGAUCGUCGCGCGCGAGCCCCAAACUUGGUAGACUCGACCUAUGGACAUGAGCAAUUGAACGCUGAAGCUAGAGCGGCAGCCGAUGCAGCCGCAGCAGCAGCUCAGGCAGCAGUAGCCAGAGCAGCAGCAGCAGUUGAGGCAGAUGCGAAGGCAGCUGAGAAGCUUGUCGAGGUGCCCCGUCCAUUAUGUUUUGUUCUAUCCGAUUCGCGCGGUGCUGGGAGUCUCGGCGAUCGAUUUGUGUCGGCGCUAUCAGCAGCAGCGGAGAUGGAGAGAAGUCCAGCGUCCCAAUUGAUGUUGCAAAUUCGCUACAAACUAGUAUCUUUGAAUCAUCGCUUUGCACGGAAAAAGGAGAUUGACUCGCGUCAGCGUGCUCCCGACGGAUGUCCCCUCGAGGCUUAUCCUAGCAACCGAUUGAAGGGCGGGUCAACAAUGCGUCAAAAUCACCGGGCACGGUGGAUCAGCGCAGAGUCCACUCACUCAGACAUAGCCAGCCCGUUGUCGUGUCUAUUUUCCAUACUGAUGUUACCAUCUCGGCGCACCUUUGGUCUUUUUGCAUUGCAGCUGCGUGGUGGGCCUUCAUGGACCCCACUCGUAGCGCGCUACUCUUUUAAGAUUGCGUGGUUCUAUGAGUUCCAGGGAAAUUUAGACAAAGCGCUGCGCCAUUACAGAGCAGCAUACGCGUCAUUGUCGGCGCUCUCUGUGGUGCUUCUCGCUGCAGAACCAGCGAUGAUCAUGGCAUUAUUCUCAAAGGAGUUUCAAGACCCCAAUGAUCAGGUCAAAGGAGUCGCGGACUACGUAAAUUAUAAGGUAUGUCGCCUUGCUCUCCAGCAUAAUAAGGUGGAAGAAGCGGCCACGCAAAUUCAGACGCAUCUUUGGCACUUCCGACAAACGUCUGCUGGAGAUGCGACCCAUCAACACUGGGGCUGGCUUAGUCGCCAGCAUGUUGUGUUUGCGCAACUCAUAACACACUACUCAACAUUGAGUUACUCGAAUGGUACUUGUGUGGCGUCGGAACAUAUCCCAUGCAUCUUUGAAAAACCACGUGAGUCUGCGCGAGCAGAUGUUCCAUCGAUUUCAGAACGAUGUGCCUUAAACGAGCCUAUUAAGAGUGCCCUACGCCUCAGCAUGCCAACCAGCUCUGCGAAGCUCUCGUGCUCGGUUCCAAUGACCCAAUCUCAGAUUAAGUUCACCAACAGUGGAAGUUUCUCGUGGUUACGAGACCAACGAGAUUUUCUUGCCUACGCAGAACCUCUGUAUCACUAUGCCGCAGCCGCAGCGUGUGCUGUUGCGCGCUGCGUGCGGCGGGAUGCAGUACUGAGAAACUUGCCAGAAUCCGCUUUCUCGACUGAGAGGCUCAGCCGAAUCUCACUUGCAGCACCUGAGUUUGUUGGUGCUUUGCCACGGGUCGAUGAAGAGGUCACGUCACAAACAUCAAAAUCCCAGUCAAUUCUUCCUGAUACGCCUUCUGAACUCUCAUCGGGCCUGGAGGGGGAGUUGUGUCGUGCUGCGCUGGAUCAUAUAGCGCGUGGAUUUGAUCAUGUGGCUAUGGUCUCGGAGCUGUUGCAAGAGGCAUUAGACACUCUGGGGGCAUCGCACCGUGAGACAAAGCAACGAAGGGCUGUGUGGCUUCAUGCUGCACUUGGAAAUGCAUUCUCCAAGGCCGAACCUGUCUCUCUUGAUGUAGAAGCAGCGAGACAUCUGGAUGUUGCUCUCAAGUGGUACGAGGAUAACGAGACACUAAUGUGUAGUGGCAUAGCAACAGCAUGGGCCUGGUCACGUGCAUUUUUGCUCGAACAUCUAGGACAAUGUGCAUUGCGUCUAGGCAAUAGCUCUCUAUGUAUCACUGUCUUUUUCAAGCUUGCACAUAAAGACCUGCGGGAUUACCUAUCUCGCCCUACGGUUGCUAUUGCUGCCCAGCGAGAUGCUCUCAAGUUACUAACGCACGGUGCUCUUGAUGACAGAGCCAACACAGCUCUGCUUCGAGGUUUCUCAACUGCUCGGUUUGGCGAGUCCCAGUCCCAAAUCAAGGAUUCAAAAUAUGCGGCUCCGGCUGUGCAGGUUCUUGACCAAGGUCUGGUUGAUUGUGCAACUAGGAUUGUAGCAUCCGAAAAGAACACCGCUCAAACUAUUGUUGUUGAGCUUCGGAUAAGAAUAUCCACGCCAGAGCCGCUUCACAUUAGGCACCUUGAGUUAAUAUUUCGAUCAGACAACGCCGCCAAAGAAGAUUCGGUUAUAGUAAGACCAGGAGAACUAAUAUCACUCCAUGGCCACAGGGAAGACUCGAGUGCACUUAUUCCAGGCACAUUCUAUGGAUGGUGCGGCAAUGUUAAGGUACCUUGCAGUACAGCUGUGGCAGAAACACUGAAGCUUGUUCUUGCCAAAAAUGGCUGUUCUAUUCUCGCGUCAGUAAAGCCAGCAGCGGAUGCACAAGUUCUCUUUGAGGUGUCACAAGCUCGGCGCGAAUGCAUUGCAACCGUCCAUUUAAAGCCAACUGCAACAGCAUCCGUGGAACUUUCGCUCGAUGGGUCCCAUGUAGUCUUCACUGGGGUACCUACUUUUAUCAGAGCAGUAAUCAUGAUAGUUCAGUCAAUAUCCAAACGAGUAAUAAUUGACAUUUCCGCAUCCAAUGAUGUGUGGCUUGAUGUAACGUUUCAGCUUGAUGGUGUCAGGCUGUCAUCAUCAGGUCCUGACUUAGUGCAAGUGAUUCGGGGGGGGGUUCUGAGGCGCUACAUGUUCAACAUUUGCAAUUUUGGUAACAAGGCUCGAGAGCUAGGCUUAUGGAUCACCUGUCAUGAGCAAACUGAGCUCGUGUGUUCAGAUUUCUGUCAUUGGAAUAGUGCCAAUGUUGAUGGUUCCGACGAGCGAGGUGCCAAAAUGAAAUGCACAAUUCAGAAUUCACAACUACUGCCUGUUGCGAUUGAAACUAUUACAUACAAGCAUGCGCCUAGAAUUUCGUCGCGUCGUAUUUUCCCCCGGGGGGUGUUGGCUUCAACAGUUUUGGCGCAGGAGGAGACACUUGCGAUAGACUUCAGUACACCAAUCUCGGGUAGGAAUCAAGGUUACCUGGUAGUACGCUGGUUUGCAUUGAAUGAGGACCUCAUCGUUGACCAAAUACCCUUAUUGCGCAGUCGGUGGUCUCUUGCACGCUGGACGUACCCAGUAGGGCCAGUUUUGGUCAUCCACUAG